AUGGAUGAGCCAUUCUUCUGGCCUUCUGGACCCAGUAUGCGCCUGAAGCCUGACACACAACCAGAUGUAAUACCUGACUCAACAACCACUUCACCAAACAGCAGCCUUGUUUCAAAGUUCCAGUCUCCCACUACACAAUCUGGUAACACUUCAAGUCAGCAAAUUAGGAAGCGUGUUAGUGAAGAGAAAUGUGAUGAUUAUAAAAGGCCUUUGGAAGAGGAAGCUAAAAAUAGUUACCCAUUAACUUUUCAUUUCGUUGUUGGAGGUACGAACGCUGAUAUUGGAGAGUUUCCUCACAUGGCUGCUAUUGGUUAUCAAGUUGAUGGUAAUCUGGAAUGGAACUGUGGGGGAUCAUUAAUCAGUGAAUAUUAUGUCCUUACUGCUGCACACUGCACACAUAUUGGAAAGUAUCGUGCAGUGAUAGCUCGUCUUGGUGAGCUGAAUCUGCAACGUGAUGAUGAUGGAGCUCAUCCUGUGGAUUAUCACAUUGCAGACAUAGUGCGCCAUCCUGAAUACAAAGGACCAAGCAAAUACAAUGAUAUUGCUCUGUUACAUCUUAGUGAGCGUGUGAAUUUCACGUGGUCUAUACGACCUGCUUGUCUCUACACACAUGAUAAAUUCUCAGUCAGCACGGCAGUUGCUACUGGUUGGGGUAAAACUGAGUAUGCUGGAAAAUUAAGUGACAUUUUGCAGAAAGUUAAUCUUGACAUAGUAGGUAACGAAAUGUGCAAUAACCUAUGGAAAAGUCUUGGCAAGAUCACAUCUCUGCCUCAUGGAAUUGCACCAUCAAUGUUAUGUGCCGGGGUCACUUCAGGAGACAAAGACACUUGUCAGGGUGAUUCUGGUGGACCACUUCAGAUAUCCUCCGAAAUAGGAAAUGAACAUGUGUAUCAUGUUAUUGGAGUGACAUCAUUUGGGAAUUACUGUGCUGGAAAAGAUUCACCAGGAGUCUAUACACGUGUCUCUUCCUUUAUUCCAUGGAUUGAGAGCAUUGUGUGGCCAGAUGGUUAG